AGGGUGGGAGAGGAGGCAGAUGACUGUUCCUUCACAAACUGGGGCUUUGGGACAGUCAUGUCCUAUUUCAUGUCUCCACAAACUCACCCAGGUCUUCUGCCUUCCGGCCAAGGUGAGACUGCUUCUCCAGGCUCAUCCCUUGGCCCCUAUAGUCCUGUAGAGCCAGUGGUGGCGGCCCCUGGUGGACGAGGCCCACCGCACCAGAAAGCUGAGCAGGUGGUACCUGCUGCCCAGGCCUGGGGCCCAGCCCUGGCAGUGCCAGAAGCCAGGGGCUGUCUUGGGGGGCCUAGCUGGGAGACGCUGCGGCAGAAGGAGUAUGGCCAGUACUGCCCCAAGUUCUCCCACGUGAAGCAGCCAGAGAGCUUGGGCUGGGAGGACGGCUGCUCCAGAAGCCGAGCUCCCCACCCGGGUGGCUCCAGCAGGCCUGGGUCCCUGCUACUGUGCGGGCUGUCGCCAGGGGUUGUGCCAAUGCCCGCCGAGGCAGGGGGGAAGGAGGCCACCCCCCAGCCUGACAUCUGCAUCCUUACCCUGGCCAUGAUGAUCGCUGGCAUCCCCACCGUGCCCGUCCCAGGCCUGCGGGAAGAGGACCUGAUCCGGGCGGCUCAAGCUUUCAUGAUGGCCCAUCCAGAGCCAGAGGGGGCUGUGGAGGGGGUGCAGUGGGAGCUGGCACGUGCCCACAUAGCCUCUGGGCAGAUGCCCCCCGUGAGAUCCAGGAGGGGCCAGCCUCCUGGUUCCUGCUUGUAGCUGCUGAAAUAGCAUCAGAUGCAUAGGGUGGCUUCUCCGUAUGGUUUUUGGGCAGACAGGCUUGGGGGUGCCUAUGGCAGGGAUGGGGUAGGGUGGCUGUUUGAGCCACUCUGACGAAUGCCAGUCCUUCCUCAGGGCCCAGACCCUAGAAGUUUCUCCAGAUACCGCUGA